CUUAAUAACCUCUUCUUCUUCCCCACCUUCUCCUCCUCCUCGUCCUCCCCAGUUUCGCAUCAUUCUCUUCGAUAAAACCACCAACUCCUCUGAAACCCUAAUCUGGAGAAUCGCCGCCUUCUCCAGAAAGUAAAUAUUUGUACACCUUCUUCGUUUGAUUUCCAGAUUCUGAUGAAACCGGAUCGGAUCUUUCUCUAGAUCCGUUCUAGGUUUUUUUUUUUUGUUUUCUGUUUCGCUCUUUCGUUAUAUCAAUCACCGUAUCCGGAUGCUCUUGAAGCGGAUUCAUCAGAAAUCGACAGAGAAAUGUCGCAGGUUCCGAAUCCAAAAGAUGAAGACGAUUCGAUUGAAAUCCGUGAGGUCUGGAACCAUAACCUCGAGGAAGAGAUGGCUCUGAUUGAACAAGCUAUCGACGAUUUCCCUUUCGUCGCCAUGGAUACAGAGUUCCCAGGAAUCGUUUGCAAGACAGUCACGGCGAAUCCAAGCCCAAACCCUAAACACUACGAAUACAACUACGAGACCUUGAAGACGAAUGUGAAUAUGCUCAAGUUGAUUCAGCUCGGCCUCACGUUGUCAGAUGAGCGGGGAAACUUGCCAACCUGUGGGACUAACAACAAGCAAUGCAUCUGGCAGUUCAAUUUCAGAGAAUUCAAUCUCAAGUCCGACAUGUUCGCCAUGGAUUCCAUCCAGCUCCUCCGUGACUCCAACAUCGAUUUCGAAAAAAACAACGAGUGCGGCGUCGAUUCAGCACGGUUCGCGGAGCUGCUAAUGGGUUCAGGAGUUGUGCUCAACGACAAGAUACAGUGGGUGACGUUCCACUGCGGAUACGAUUUUGGAUACUUGCUGAAACUCUUGUCGGGGAAAGAUUUGCCGGAGGAGAAAACGGACUUCUUCGAACAGGUGACGAGCUAUUUCCCGGUAGUGUACGAUAUCAAAUACUUGAUGGGAUUCUGCGCCUCGCUCUAUGGAGGGCUGGAGAGAGUAGCGGAGAUACUUGGUGUUAAACGAGUUGGGAUCUCUCACCAGGCUGGAUCAGAUAGCUUGUUAACGUUGCGUGCCUUCAACAAGAUGAAAGACAUCUUCUUCCCUGGUUCCUUGGACAGAUAUUCUGGUUUUUUGUAUGGGUUAGAUAAUCCUCAGCUGCUUGCUGUUGCUGGAACCAAAAAAUUAAAAUAAAAAAAUACAACCAACAAAAAAAAAAAUUAAAACU